AUGUCGAGCUUUCUCUCCACUCUCUGCGAACAAACCAUUGGCCGCUUCCUCCCCAUCAACAUCGACCGCCUCCGCAUUUUCGGUCGACGACCAGUCCGAAUCGACGACAACGACCCGUUCAGGCAGGGAUCAUGCCCCACAAACCCUCCUGAAUCGACAACCGACCGAACCAAGUUCGGCGUCCGCGGAUGCGUCGUGUACGGCUACCCAUCUACGGGUGGCGUGCUCAUCAAAGGGUCUGUUGACCUUGUCGAUAUGGUCUUCCUCUCGCUCCCCCGCUUCCAUGAAGCGCAGCGCUCCCCCAGUGCCGAAGAGGAAGACAGAUUCUGCAAUCUCCUGCGACAGAUCGGUGCGACGUGGUGGCCGAGUAAAGAGGAGCGGAUCGGGGUGGAUAUGGGCUCGAGGGAGAAGACCGCGGAAGAGAAAAAGGUGCUGGUGUUUGGAUGGCCGGUGGAUGGAGUGGGCGUCUGGGUGUUGAGGUUUGCAAGCGAUAGGCAGGUGCCUAGGGAUUUGGGGAGAAUGUAUUAUGCGGUGAAUAUGGAGGAGAGGAUACAGAUUAUGAAAGAGUAUGGCGCUGAGUUUGUGGAAGAUGUCUCGCAGGUGGAGGAGCUUCGUGAUACGCUUUGA